CCCCGCACGCCCCGCCCCGCGCACGCGCGGCCCCGCACGGGAAGAUGGCGGCGGCCGCGCUGGGCUGGGCGCUGCGGGCGGCCCGGCAGGUUCUGCCCUGGCCCGGCCCGCGGCAGGCGCGGGGCUACUACGUGGACUGGAGGAUGCUGCGGGACCUGCGGCGGCGGCGGCUGGCCUGCGAGUACGCCGACCUGCGGCUGCGGAUCAACGCCCUCCGCAAGAACAGCAUCCUGCCCCGCGAGCUGCAGGAAGUGGCUGAUAAAGAGAUUGCCAGCUUGCCCCGGGACAGCUGCCCGGCGAGGAUCCACAACAGGUGUGUCCUGACCUCCCGCCCGCGGGGCGUGAGGCGGCGCUGGAGGCUCAGCAGGAUCGUCUUCCGCCACUUUGCUGACCACGCCGAGAUGUCUGGGAUACAGAGGGCUAUGUGGUAGCUCACUGCAUGGACAUCCAGGCAGGAAACACACAACAGGUUCAGCCUCUGUGUUCCUGUCUAGGAGGCCAGCAUCAGUAUCAAAACUGGUAGGGAAAGGAUGAGAGGCCAUCAUGAUUCAUUGAACGCGCUGGAUUGUGAUUAGUCUCAGCUGAGCAGAAGCAGCAAAACUGCUAAACUGCUCUGUAUGAGGGACAGUUUUAUCUUGAGGAUAAGAAGUCACCACCUGAUGGUUGCAGAACUAAGCUGAGGUUUGUGAUACGGGCAACAUCAGAAAUAAAGACACACAGCAGAA